UGCCAGGUCGCCUCGUGCUUUGGUUGUGUUGUAGCAUCUUUCUCUUUUACUGCGCGCUGCCUCUGAAACUACCAACUUCCACCUCACCAAACUGAAUGAGUUCAAAGACCUCAAAAACUCCGAAAAUAAGCCAGUUCUUUACUCCGACGAGCAAAAACGGUGAAAUGGAAGGAACGAAAGGAAAGAAGCGAGUUGUCGACAGCGCCAAGAAUGGAGCACCAAAGAAAGCUAAACAACAAAAAGUGGAGAGAGGAGGGAAAAAGAAGAAGGAGAAGUCUGCUAUCAAACGAGCAUCUUCGGCGUAYAUCUUCUUUUCUAAAGACUUCAGAAACAAAUUGAAAGAGGAAUGCGACAAGAAAGGCGAAGUCAUUCCUGGUGUGAACGAAGUAGCUAAACUUUGUGGAGAGCGUUGGAGAAAAAUGACGGACGAAGAUAAAAAGCCUUUCCAAAAACUGGCGGAUUUAGAUAAAUCUCGCUACCAUAAGGAGAGUGGUAAGGGGGAUUUGCCCGCAAAAGAUUCAGAUAAACCCAAGAGAGCUCCGACUGCAUAUUUUAUAUUCUUGGCAGAAUUUAGAAAGAAGAUGGCUGGUGUUGAAUUAGAAGAUGGACAGAAAAUCCCUGCUCUCGCUGGUGAAAAAUGGAGGUCAAUGACCGACAAAGAUAAAGAACCUUAUGCAAAGAAAGAAGCAGAAGAAAAAAAGAAAUAUGAGGCUGCUAUGGAAAGUUACAGGGAAAAGAUAAAGGAUGCUCCAAAACCAGAAAAGAAAUCAAAGCCCAAAAAGAGAGAAGAGCCAGAAGAAGAAGAGGAAGAUGAAGAAGACGAUGAUGAUGAAGAUGAUGACGAUGAUGAUGAUGACGAUGAUGAUGAGUAGUGCUGUUCCAUGAUAUCAUCCUUCAUGUAAAGUAGAUAUAGURUUUAUAACCUCCAGUCGCUGGAUACUUUGGAUUUAUACUCUUUAUAUUGACACUGCUGGUGAUGCCAGUCAAAGUUUUUCUCUCUGAUUUGUGUGUUUGCCUUAAAGAUAUAUUUUAUUUUUGUGAAAAUUGUAGUAUUUUGUCAGUGCUUUUGUGUCGCACAGUGAUUUUAAUAACUCAUUUCAAGCAUGAGUGUUACUUAUGAAUAGUUGACUUUUUUACUCAGUGUCUCUCACUCUCUGCUUUUGAUUACUGGUACAUAUCAGGACUCAUUCUAUAGGUAUAAAGAAAAACAAAUAUGGCUGAACCAUAGCCAUGGCUUAAUAUCCAGGUGUGUAACUCAAGAAAACAUCUACACCCCUCCCCUUUUGGGGGUGGUUUAGGAAAUUCAGAAUAGGUAAACAUAUAGUAUUAAUAAGUAUUAAUGAACCCUUGAAAUUCUAUUGAAUGCAAGGCUAACAUGGUACAAAAAAAAUGCCACAAACUCCAUCUAGAAACAGUGUGAUUUUGUUUGUAUUUUCAUGUUAGCCUUGCGCCCAAGAUCAUCCAAGAAACUUUUGGGAAGGUUCCAUUCAAGUAACUGUGUUUCAGAUUGUUUGUGAGAGAAAGAAAAGGAAGUCAAGUCCCUCAAACCCCUUAAACCCCUCUCCUCUCUCCCUUAAACAAAGUGGGUAAAUUCUAGAAUUUUCAGAGUUUCUGUAUCAGAGGGGGGUCAUUGUCAAAUGUUACUCAUGGGUGAAUUUUGGAUGUUUUCUAGAGCUAUACAUAGGUAAAAAGGUGGAGAUCUAAUAGCCAUGUUUGUCUUUUAUGAGGAUUCAUUUCAAAAAAUUUUGCAAAUCAUGAGGAAUGUUAAUUUCGCCAAGCUGAAUUUCGUUGGAACGUGGCUUACAUUUAGCAAAGAUGUUCAUGUCCUUACUGCUUUGCUAACUUUACUUGUUUUUUGCUGGUUUGCAAUUUAUGCAUCUUGGUGAAGUGUUCAUGUUUUUUUCAGUCAAACCAAUUAUCUUAACAGUACUGCCGCCAUUACAAAAAUCAUAGAAAGUUAGAGCUCUGCAGUCAGUAUAUGUUACAAGGGAUUGAAUGAGGUUUCAAACCCUACUGAACCCUUAACAUAGAAGCAAGAGAACUGGUUGCUUUAGCCCCAAAAAAAGACUAGCUGGGAAAAAAGCUGAUCCAUAUAUUAUUCAUUUUCAAGCAACUUUUAUCAAAGAUCGAGUACAGUACCGAUCAUUAGUUUUACAUCUGUAGAUAGAGCAUACUUGUAAUGCAAUCUCUAUUUAGUAAGACAGGAUGUGAGUUUUGUCGUGUAUUUCUAAGUUACAAACCAAGAGGGUGAUUGCUUCUGUACAAAUGAAAAAGUUUUGCACACACAAGAGAUGGUACCAAAAUWUUAGCAAAUUAAUUGGAAGCAGUUAUUUUUAGCAGGCAAUAUAUGACAAAACUUGGGUUAUGUUGUAGCACAGUAAAUCCAAAUAGAAAGGUUUUUGAUCCGACCAUUUGUUAGAUACCAAAACACAUCAUUUAAAAAUGUAUUUUUCGAACUUGACAAAGUACAUUUUGRUUGUUCAUUUGUAUUAUAGUGCUUCAAAUAUCAGUCACACGCAUGAAAUCGUACAAUUUGCCAUCCUGACGAAAUAGGUUUUGGUGGACGUCAAUCAGUGCGUUUCCAUGACAUUCCAUAGGAACAUACCCUUAAAUGCUUUGUGUUUUCCGACAAGCUGGAAAACCCUUUGAUUGGCGUCCACCAACUCUAUUUUGUCCUGAAAAUUUUUUUCCAAGAUUUUUUGCCUGUGUAAUUCAGAAGCACUUUAAGCCGUUAGACCUAACAUACAUCUGUAGUUUUCCUYCAGUUUUGAUAUGUGCCGACUUCACUAAACAAUGCAACAGCAUUUCCAUACRCAUGUCAUUUUUCUUGUUUUAAGAUGAAAUAAAAUUUGUGUUUAGUUAAA